AAAAAAACCCUCACUUCUAAUUAGCAAUGGGCUCAACUGCAGUUGUGAACAAUGAAGAAGAGAUUGUUCGCCCUGUCGCCAACUUCUCUCCUAGUCUAUGGGGUGAUCGUUUCCAUUCUUUCUCCAUUGACAAUCAGGUUGCACAAAAGUAUGCUCAUGAGAUUGAAGCAUUGAAGGAACAAACAAGGAGUAUGUUGUUAUCUACUGGACGAAAUUUGGCUGAGACAUUGAAUUUGAUUGACAUUAUUGAACGUCUUGGCAUAGCCUAUCACUUCGAGAAAGAAAUUGAUGAGAUCCUGGGACAGAUUUACAGUGAAAAUACAAGCUUUGAGGGUGAUGCAUAUAAUGAUUUAUGCACUUUUGCUCUUCAAUUUCGAUUACUUAGGCAACACGGUUAUAACAUCUCUCCCAAAAUUUUCAGCAAAUUCCAAGGUGGAAAUGGAAAAUUCGAGGAGUCUCUUGCUAGUGAUGUCCUUGGAUUAUUGAGCUUGUAUGAAGCUUCACAUGUGAGGACUCAUGGUGAAGAUAUCUUAGAAGAGGCACUCACAUUUUCCACUACUCAUCUUGAGUCCGCAGCUCCGCACUUGAAAUCUCCUCUGAAAGAGCAAGUGGAACAUGCCCUUGAGCAAUCUUUGCACAAAGGCAUUCCUCGAGUUGAGACCCGAUUCUUCAUCUCAUCAAUCUAUGAGAAGGAGAAAUCGAAGAAUGAUGUGUUGCUUAGAUUUGCCAAAUUGGAUUUCAACUUGCUUCAGAUGUUGCACAAACAAGAACUUGUUGAAGUAUCAAGGUGGUGGAAAGAUUUGGAUUUCGUGACAACACUUCCAUAUGCAAGAGAUAGAGCAGUUGAAUGUUAUUUUUGGACUGUUGGAGUAUAUUUUGAGCCUCAAUAUUCUCAAGCCCGUGUCAUGCUUGCUAAGACCAUAGCUAUGAUUUCAAUCGUUGAUGAUACCUUUGACACUUAUGGUAUAGUUAAAGAACUUGAAACAUAUACAGAUGCCAUACAAAGGUGGGAUAUUAGCGAAAUUGAUCAUCUUCCUGAUUACAUGCAAAUCAGUUACAAAGCUCUUCUAGAUCUUUAUGCGGAUUACGAAAAGGAAUUGUCUGGUGAUGGAAGAUCUCAUGUUGUCUAUCAUGCAAAAGAAAGAAUGAAAGAAAUAGUGAGGAACUAUAAUGUCGAGGCAAAAUGGUUUAUUGAAGGAUAUAUGCCACCUGUUUCUGAAUACCUAAGUAAUGCUUUAGCAACUAGCACCUAUUACUUGCUCACGACAACAUCGUACUUGGGCAUGAAGUGCAGUGCCAUGAAGGACUUUGAGUGGUUGGCAAGGAAUCCUAAAAUUCUUGAAGCUAAUGUGACACUAUGCCGAGUUAUUGAUGACAUAGCCACAUACGAGGUUGAGAAAAGUAGGGGAAAAAUUGCUACAGGAAUUGAAUGCUACAUGAGAGAUUAUCGUGUAUCAACGGAAGAGGCAAUGGUUAAAUUUCAUGAAAUGGUUGAGACAGCGUGGAAGGAUGUUAAUGAAGGAAUUCUUAGGCCCGCUCCCGUGUCUGCGGAAAUUUUAACCCGAAUUCUCAAUCUUGCUCGCAUCAUUGAUGUCACAUAUAAGCACAAUCAAGAUGGAUACACACAUCCCGAGAAAGUUCUAAAACCUCACAUUAUUGCCCUACUUGUGGACUCCAUUGAAAUUUAAAUAUUAAUCACUGCUUGUCUUGGUGCUCGAGGACUUCAUUCUUCUUGAUUCAAAUAAUUUGUUCUUAUCAUGCUAUAUAAAGUUGCUAAGUAAUGCUGCAAUGCACUUCUAUGUAGGACCUCCUUAUAAUACUUGUAAGAAAUAAUAUUGCAAGUAAUUUUUAUUCUUCAUUUCAUUUUCAUUACGGAAAUACCAGUCUGGACUUACUCUUUUUCUUUC